CUGAAGCAUUGGUAAAAUCAAAUGGCUGACAGUGUUUAAAGGAAUCGAAGUUGGAAGUAGGAGCAAAACACUCCUUUGGUGUUUGAAGUUGGAAGCAUCAGUAAUGGCAAGCGCAAGUGUUGCUAAAGAAGAAGAUAACAAACUCACGCUCUAUUCGUAUUGGAGGAGCUCUUGUUCCUUCCGAGUCCGAAUCGCUCUCAACCUCAAAGGCCUUAAAUACGACUACAAGCCCGUCAAUCUGUUGAAAGGAGAACAAUAUAGCCCCGAGUUUCUCCAGCUCAACCCUGUUGGUUGUGUUCCCGUUCUAGUGGAUGGCCACGCUGUUCUUUAUGAUUCUCUCGCCAUUAUUUUGUAUUUGGAAGAUAAGUAUCCUCACAAUCCUCUGCUCCCUCGUGAUAUUCCUAAGAGAACAAUCAAUUUCCAGGCUACUAGUGUUGUUUCCUCAACAAUACAACCUCUUCAUAACUUGAGUUUACUGAACUACGUUGGGGAGAAAGUUGGUCCUGAUGAAAAACUUCGUUGGGCACAAAGUGUAAUUAGAAGAGGCUUUACAGCACUUGAAAAGCUAUUGAAAGACCACACAGGAAGAUAUGCAACCGGGGAUGAAAUUUUCCUGUAAUAUGACAUGAGCUGGAAGAAUAAUGUAAUUCAGCAACAUCAGGCAAUGAAGAGUGGAGUGAGGGAGAAAGUAACCCGUGAAGUGAGAGAUUUUGAUUUUGAGAAAAAGAAUUGAAGGAGAGAAGGAGAGCUGGAGAAGAGAACGGACCCCUGGGCCAUGUAUAUUUCCCCCAUCUCAUUUUUUUAAUUGUGUUGUGCUGAUGUUGGGCCACUUUAGGGUGUUCUUUAAAUUUUUUGUCACAUGUUGGUGAGCUGGGUUCUUAGUGGGUUGGGUUUGAUUUCAGCUCGUACUAAAAUUUGCAAUUUUCUUACUCCUUUGACAGUUCUAACUCUGAUAUGUUGGAGCAUAAUUACAAUGCGAUUGAACUCCAAACUCAGUCAAUCAUCACAACACUUUGAAAAUGAACAGGAUUAAUAUUUUAAACAAGCACCAAGUUAUUAUCUUCAUUUGGAAUAUAGAUUUUAGCAUAAUGUUGCAUGCACAUUAUA